AUGGCCUCGUCCCCCAGCAGCCUGGUCACGCGGAGCCUGCCCCCUACCCCGCUCCGGCCCCCAGUUCUGGACCCCCGUUCUGGCCCCCAGCUCUGGCCCCCAGCUCUGGCCCCCAGUUCUGGACCCCCGUUCUGGCCCUCCAGCUCUGGCCCCCCGCUCUGGACCCCCGUUCUGGCCCCCAGCUCUGGCCCCCAGUUCUGGCCCCCCAGCUCUGGACCCCCGCUCUGGACCCCCGUUCUGGCCCCCAGCUCUGGCCCCCAGCUCUGGCCCCCAGCUCUGGACCCCAGUUCUGGCCCCCAGCUCUGGACCCCCGCUCUGGACCCCCAUUCUGGCCCCCAGCUCUGGCCCCCCGCUCUGGACCCCCGUUCUGGCCCCCAGCUCUGGACCCCCGCUCUGGACCCCCGUUCUGGCCCCCAGCUCCGGCCCCCAGCUCUGGCCCCCAGUUCUGGCCCCCAGCUCUGGCCCCCAGCUCUGGACCCCCGUUCUGGCCCCCAGCUCCGGCCCCCAGCUCUGGCCCCCAGCUCCGGCCCCCAGCUCUGGCCCCCAGUUCUGGCCCCCAGCUCCGGCCCCCCGUUCUGGCCCCCUGCUUUGCUGCUCCCGGCCACCAGUGGGUUCUCUCCACCCUUCGUGGUUGUCAUCAGCCUCAUCACUCUCUUCCCAGGAGGAGCCUGA